AUGGCUCCCCAUCCGCUUGCACCACGCCGGAGGAUCAACAUCGCCCGGGUGAUGUCGUCUCAUGUCAUCCCAACACCGUCAUUGGAUUCUCACGAGGAUCUACUUGAACCUCCCAAGGUCCAACUGAGUGACUUUCGCGCUAGAGCACGCAGGUCGCUCCAAGCCUCCGACUACCCCGUCCUGCGCGCGCGCAUGGCCUUGCAGAAAGCUGAAUUUGACAUCCUCGGAGCGAUGCUUCGUUCAAAACAAGCUCUAGCGGAGUUCGACCUUCCAGAAGGCUUCGGUUGGUCAUCGAGCCUUGGCCAUACGGGUUUGUGUUUUGCUCGAGAUGCAAGCAAGAAGAAUGACGAUGCCAAUUUUCUACCCUACCCUCUGCCUGUUCCUGUAAUGGAUGCGCACACCCAGGAAAUCAUCAACAUUCAAGAGGGAUAUUAUCGGGACAAUCAAAGCACCAUACGGUACCGGAACUGCUGCCCCCAAGGCACACGGAAGGAUCUGAAGCCGUUGAACGUGGUACAACCUGAAGCGGGCCGUCAUUCCAAGCGCAACGACCGCGUUGUCGAGUGGCAGAAGUGA